AUUUGUCAACGUUGGAUGUUUACUCGUCACAGGUUCAGAGCGACGGGACUCGAACUUUUAAUUUCUGAGGAGUCAAAUUAAGAAAUUUAAAUAUAAUACUUCCUCCUAUUAACUAAUCAAACUAAAAGCUUGACACGAUGCAGGUUGAGAGUGACUUAUCAACCCAACAAAUGGACGACAAGGAUGUCGCUACCAGUGUGGGUGACACAAUGCAAGUUAUUGACAGUCACUUAUCGAUCCCACUAAUUGAUGACAUACUGGAUGCGGACGAUACGACGCAAGGUGAGAGUGGUGACUUACAAAUUGACGAAACGAAUGUCGCCACCAGUGCGCUAAUGAAUCCUUUGCUGUUGAACUUAAUCUUUUCCUACAUGGACGCCCGCAGGCUGAAGAAAUCCGUGCGCCCGGUUUGCACCCUGUGGGCCGAUCUAGGCGCCCCCUUUCUCGGGAAAAAGACCAAGUUGACGUUCUCGGAACACACGACAUGCGACACAUGGCGCAAGUUACACUCUUAA